AUGUCUAUGAAUAGUUCCAUUAUUAUGAUCCAACAAAUGAUUAGAUAUAAUUCUAGUAAUAGUAGUAAAUGGCCUGAAUUGCAACCAACGGAUUUUACUCCUCAAGGUGAACCAGAUUAUAUUAAAUUAAUUUUAACUUCGAGAGUUUAUGAUGUUGUGGAUGAAGCAGGAACUCCUCUUAAUAAAGCCAUUAAUUUAUCUACCAGACUUGGUACUAAUGUUUAUUUAAAACGUGAAGAUUUACUUCCAGUAUUUUCAUUUAAAUUAAGAGGAGCUCAUAAUAUGAUAGCUAAUUUACAUUCCAAUUCAAAAACUCCUUUAAAUGGGGUUGUGGCAUGUUCUGCAGGUAAUCAUGCUCAAGGAGUAGCAUAUUCUGCUAGUAGAUUAAAUAUUCCUGCUACUAUAGUUAUGCCAACAGCAACUCCAUCAAUUAAAUAUUCUAAUGUUGCAAGAUUAGGUUCAAAAGUUGUAUUAUAUGGAGACGAUUUUGAUUCAUCUAAACAAGAAUGUGAAAGAUUAAGUAAAUUAGAAAAUCUUACUAAUAUUCCACCAUUUAAUCAUCCAUAUGUUGUGGCCGGUCAAGGAACUAUUGCAUUAGAAAUUACAAGACAAUUAAGAUUAGAUAAAUUAUCGGCUUUAUUUGUGCCAGUUGGUGGAGGAGGAUUAAUUGCUGGUGUUGCCGUAUAUUUAAAAAAAAUUGCUCCUCAUGUUAAAAUUAUUGGAGUUGAAACUUAUGAUGCUGAUGCUUUAUAUCAAUCAUUAAAAGCUAAAAAAUCAAUUGAAUUAGAUCUGGUUGGAGUAUUUGCUGAUGGUACUGCUGUUAAAGUAUUAGGUGAUGAAACUUGGAGACUUUGUAAAGAUUUAGUUGAUGAUGUUGUUCGAGUAUCUACUGAUGAAUUAUGUGCAGCCAUAAAGGAUAUUUUUGAAGAUACAAGACUGAUAACUGAACCAUCAGGAGCUUUAUCAGUUGCUGGAUUAAAGAAAUAUAUUGAAGAACAUCCAGAAAUUAAUCAUUCAGAUAAAACUUAUGUUCCAGUAGUUAGUGGAGCCAAUAUGAAUUUUGAUAGAUUAAGAUUUGUUAGUGAAAGAGCAGUUUUAGGUGAAGGUAAAGAAGCAUCAUUUGUUGUAACAAUUCCUGAACAACCUGGUGAAUUUGCUAAAUUACAAAGUAUUAUAAAUCCAAGAGCUAUAACUGAAUUUUGUUAUAGAUAUAGUGGACCAGGACCAGCUAAUGUAUUAGUAAGUUUUAAUAUUGCUGGAGGUGAAAAAGAUGAUAUAUUAAAUGAAAUGAUUGGAUCAAAAUUUGGUUAUGAUGUUAUUGAUAUUUCAGAUAAUGAAUUAGCUAAAACUCAUGGACGUUAUUUAGUUGGAGGUAAAUCAUCACAUUCAAAGACUUCAAAGGAAAAGAUGUAUAGUUUUGAAUUUCCUGAAAAACCAGGAGCAUUAUUUAAUUUCUUACAAACUUUAAAGAAUGAUUGGGAUAUAACAUUAUUUCAUUAUAGAAAUCAUGGUCAUGAUGUUGGAAAAGUACUUUGUGGAUUUGUACUUCCUCAAGGUACUGCUGAAGAAGAUUUCCAACAAGUUUUAAAGAAAAUUGGCUACAAAUUUUAUGAUGAAUCAGAUAAUGUCGUUUAUAAAAAGUUUUUAACUUCUUAACGAAUUUAUGAAAGUGAUUGUAUG